CGCGCGCACGCAAUUGAGGUCUAGCGUGCGACGUUCUUCCUCAUUUCGAUUUUCCUGGAAAAAGGAAACAGAUAAGAAACGAACAAUCGCACCGACAUUAACUAGUAAAUAAGCUUACGAAAUUCACACAGAUCCGCUAGAAAUUUGGAUUACAGUUAGAUUCUCUCAGCGGAUCCAAAACACACUUCAAUUUUCUUCAAGGAAAAUAUUGAUGGAAGGAGUUGAGGGCGGCGAUGCUGGGUCGGCAGUGGCGCCGUUGGCGAAGUGGAGAGACGAAUUUUCAAGGACAUUUCAGUACUACUUGGACCGGUCGACCCCGAACCCGGUUCACAGGUGGCUGGGGACUCUUGCUGUGGCGGUGGUUUACGUGCUCCGAGUUUACUAUAUUCAAGGGUUCUACAUUGUGUCAUACGGCCUGGGAAUCUAUAUCUUGAAUCUGUUGAUUGGUUUUCUGUCACCAAAGGUUGAUCCAGAGCUCGAAGCGGACGGGGCUUCCCUGCCAACCCGAGGUUCCGAUGAGUUUAAGCCGUUCAUUCGCCGCCUUCCCGAGUUCAAAUUCUGGUAUUCCAUUACAAAGGCUUUCUGUAUCGCCUUUCUGAUGACCUUCUUCUCCGCGUUUGACGUCCCUGUUUUCUGGCCCAUUCUCCUCUGUUAUUGGAUCGUUCUUUUUGCUCUUACAAUGAAGCGCCAGAUAAUGCACAUGAUUAAGUAAUAUGUACCAUUCAGCAUCGGAAAACAGAGGUAUACAGGGCAGAGACGUGCUGCAGCGAACUCAGACUGAAGCUUUGGUCGAAUCAGUGAACGAAAGAAGUGCAGUGUUCGAAUGUUUUUAGUUUUUCUGAACACUUUAUCAUGUUAAUACUUGCAAAGUUCAUAGAUAUGUUUGAAUUUUGCUCACUAUUAGGAUAAUUUGCUUACUAUUAGUACUUAAUGAGCCGUGAAAACUUGCAUAAAUUGAUAAUUCUCACUUGUCACUAACCUGUUCGAUAUUUACCUGUACUUUCGUUCUUCUUCCGCUUUACUUGCUGCUGAAUUACUGAAUGCCAAGUUUCGGGUAUAUAUUAUUGUCGUGGUAUUAAUUAAAUCGAGUUAUUAAGCAAGCGGGGUUAUGAUUAGCAGGUGUAUUUGGGGAUGCCAGGUAGAUGUCCAAAUCAUGCACCUAAUUGGUAUAACAACCCUCCACCAACUGAACAACAAAAUCACGAAGUGUAGUUGUUAAUAAUUUGACAAACAAUUCAUGUCUAAUUAAGUUAGUUUUUUAUAAUCACAUAAUUAUUUAUGCAACGGCCAGCUAAUAGUGUUCAAGGUCUCUUCUCCAUCCUCUUUCUUAUUUCUUCUCUCUUGUCUCUCUUUUUGUAUUCCAUUUCUUCUCUUAAAACCCUGGAGUCGAAGCAUAAUAUUCUGUCUCGCUAAUUAGACCGGCUUUUCUCUCUGUUCCACCCCCGACGGGCAACAAAUGAGCGGGAGAAUCUAUGUUGUGAUAUUCUUCUUCUGGGCUGCUCUUACUGUCAUCACCCCGACGCUUGUUUUUCUUUCCGAGACUACCAAACCCUACUUGGACUCGAAUGGUGAGAAAGUUGAAGGAACCAAAGGUAGAAGACUGAUUGGAAUCAUAGGAUAUGAAGCACAGCGUCGACCAAGAGUUCUGCCGACUACAGAAGCCCCUGCAGCAUCACCAUCACCGUCACCAGCACAAGCUCCAGUUUCGGAACUAAAACCGGGUUUGGAGCGUGGAGAAACCAGUCUUGGAAAGGUCUUUUUAGAGUCAUUGAGAUUUCUGAUCAACAAUACUAAGUUCAAGUUAAAUUAAGUCGGAGUCAGAGUCGGAUUCUUAUAGCAAUUUAGGUUAGAUUGUUCUUCAUGCAUGAAAGCUACUUCGGGGACAAAGCUCGCGCUUUUCGGUAUGAGCCUCUCCGAUCACCUUCGGAAGAAAAAUUUAAGUGUGACAUGUUAAUACAAGGAAGAGAACUGCACUGGUUUCCUGUAAAAUGUAUGUUUGUUUCGUUUUCCGGAAAAAAUGUAUGUUAAUACAUGAUUUUCACUGAUGUUAGUUGUACCAAAAAGAAAGGAAACGCAUAAGCUGAGGAAACAUUAUCUGUCAGCAAAGAUAUUGAAUGAUGGAUGGUUUCUUGUCA